CUCCAGAAUCCUUAUCGUUGAUUCUAGGCAGCAGAUGUCAUCUGAGCUGGUUUACCCACCCGGGCCCAUCUAUUCAUUUGAGGGAGGGUGCAAUUUGUGACGGAAAGAGGAGGUCCUUGAGCCAGCAGCAUCGGCAGCACCUAGGAACAUGUUCCAAGGGAGCAUCUCGGCCUCGGUCCAGAGCCGCUGAACCAGAAACUCUGGGGACAGACCCCCAGCAAGCCAUGUUUCAACAAAGCCGGCUGGCGAUGGUGAGAACCACUAUCUCAAGGUGCUGGCUGAGAAGAGGUGACGUAUAAGAACCUAAGGCUGACUCCUCAUGUAAAUUCUGACACCAGCAUGGAAGGGGAAUCCUACCACAAUGCCACUACUGUCAAUGGCACCCCAGUCGAUCACCAGCCCUUGGCACGCCACGGACUGUGGGGAGUCAUCACCAUCGCAGCUGUAACUGCUGUGGUCAGCCUGAUCACCAUCGUGGGCAACGUCUUAGUCAUGAUCUCCUUCCAAGUCAACAGUCAGCUCAAGACGGUGAACAACUAUUACUUGCUCAGCUUAGCCUGCGCGGAUCUCAUCAUUGGGAUCUUCUCCAUGAACCUCUAUACGACCUACAUCCUGAUGGGACGCUGGGCCCUGGGGAGUUUGGCUUGUGACCUAUGGCUUGCACUGGACUACGUGGCCAGCAACGCUUCUGUUAUGAACCUUCUUGUGAUCAGUUUUGACCGCUACUUUUCCAUCACAAGACCCUUGACGUACCGGGCCAAGCGUACCCCAAAGAGGGCUGGCAUGAUGAUUGGCUUGGCCUGGCUGAUUUCCUUCAUCCUCUGGGCCCCGGCGAUCCUCUGCUGGCAAUACUUGGUGGGGGAGCGGACGGUGCCACCAGAUGAGUGUCAGAUCCAAUUCCUCUCUGAGCCCACCAUCACUUUUGGUACUGCCAUUGCUGCCUUCUACAUCCCUGUUUCGGUCAUGACCAUCCUCUACUGCCGCAUCUACCGGGAAACGGAGAAGCGAACUAAAGACCUGGCUGACCUCCAGGGCUCGGACUCCGUGGCAGGAACCAAGAAGAGAACGCCCCCUCACGGGGCCUUGCUAAGGUCCUGCUUUAGCUGCCCUCGGCCCGCAUCGGCCCAGAGGGAACAGGACCAGGCCUCCUGGUCCUCUUCACGCAGAAGCACCUCCACCAUUGGGAAGUCAUGCCAACCCACAGGCCCAAGCACUGACUGGGCCAAGGCUGAGCAGCUGACAACCUGUAGCAGCUACCCCUCCUCAGAAGAUGAGGAUAAGCCCACCACUGACCCUGUCUUCCAAGUGGUCUACAAGAAUCAAGCCAAGGAAAGCCCAAAGGAAGAAUUCAGUGCUGAGGAGACCAGGGAAACUUUUGUGAAAGCCCACAAGGAAAAAAAUGACUAUGACGCCCCAAAAUACUUCUUGUCCCCAGCUGCUGCUCAUACACCCAAGAGUCAGAAAUGCAUGGCCUAUAAGUUCAGAUUGGUGGUAAAAGCCGAUGGGACUCAGGAGACCAACAAUGGCUGUCGCAAGGUGAAAAUCAUGCCCUGCUCCUUCCCAGUGUCCAAGGACUCUUCACCAAAAAGCCUUGACCACAACCUCAGCCAUCAAAUGACCAAGCGAAAGAGGAUGGUCCUUGUCAAAGAGAGGAAGGCCGCGCAGACCUUGAGUGCCAUCCUGCUAGCCUUCAUCAUCACCUGGACCCCCUAUAAUAUCAUGGUCUUGGUCUCCACCUUCUGUGACAAGUGUGUUCCAGUGAGCUUGUGGCAUUUGGGUUACUGGUUAUGCUAUGUCAAUAGCACUGUCAACCCCAUCUGCUAUGCCCUCUGCAACAGAACCUUCAGGAAGACCUUUAAGAUGCUGCUUCUCUGUCGAUGGAAAAAGAAGAAAGUGGAAGAGAAAUUGUACUGGCAGGGGAAUAGCAAGCUGCCAUGAAAGGUCAACUCCCCAAAAGGAUGACCGCUGUCAACUUCCUCUGAAGAUGGGUGAGCUGAUCCUGGUGUGUUUCUUUUCAAAAGGACUCCUGUCAUUGCGAGUCCCUGAUGAUUUGAGGUCUAUCACAGCUGGUGUCACUGCUGCACACUGAAUGCUUCUUCUCUGGCACCAAGGUCAACUGCCGCUGGUGUUUGCCAAUGAAUAAAAAAAGAGACUCCUGGCUCUUCAUAAGGGGAGGCACACUGGUUAUGAUAACUAUGUACUUAGGGAACCUUUGUCUGACUUUCUGUGGAGAAGAGCCACAGAUGCCAUUAGAAACCUUCCCCUGUGGAGAGACCGCCAGGGUUUUCUGCAGUCUGUCUAUGAAGUUGUCUUGUAUCUGUGAGAACCAGGAGAAUGAAUGCUGGUGUCAUCUGCUAAGUAGAAUGAUACUCUAAGAAAAUAUUUCUUACCAACUGGUCAAUAUUUAUUACACAGGUCUUAUAAUGGUUUCUCCUGUGAUAUGUUUCCUUGCCCCUACAUCUGACUGAAGCUCUUGCUCUGUUGUUUCAUAAAUGAUACCAAUUUCUGGGGCCCACUGAGACGAUGCUGAACCCAAUGGGACCAUCUGUACUCAGAACCCUGGAUCUAGGAGGGCACUGAAGCCCAAUCAUGCCCAGUCCUUUUUAGAGGCCUCUAUUGUGCUAAGACAUACGAUCAAAUCUCAAUCGGUUAUUUUAGUUUUUACCAUCAGCAUCUUUUUCCUUUUAUCUAAACAAAUAUCACUUACUAUAUUUUGAGCUCAUGUGUGCUCGAUUUUUCAUUCUGGCUUAGGAAGAUUAGUUAUAUAACUUCUGUGGGUAAAGAUGGUCGUCAGAGUAGGUUUUUUUUUUUUUUUUUUUUUUUAAGGCAAAAUAUCAGGGCCGAGGGGAAAUUAUUUCAUUCCAUACUUUUGAAUUUCCAGGACUUUUCUCAGACUUUUGCUCCAGCCAGACAUGCUAUUUGGAUGGGAGGAGGUCCAAACACAUGUAUUGGUCCUUCAACACAAGGCCCGGAAAAGACAUACCUUUUUUUUCCCUCUCCAAAUUCACAGUAAAAUGAGAAAACCACAGUAGAGUUGAGGGUCCAGUGAAUCUGGCUAUGGUCAUUUAAAAUUAAAGUUGUAAAAUGCUUUGUUUCUCCUAAAAAAGAAAGAAA